AAAGCUGCCACGAGUCGGCGAUGUGAGCGAGAGGCGGCCAUUUUUGAUCAGUGGUUACUGGCGCAAGCUGUUGGAACAGUAAGCCGGAGGCUGAAAAGAUUAAGAUAAGCCGCGAUGGCCGAGGACAGCGAGCAGCAGUUUAUGGAGACCUCGGAGAACGGAAACGGAGAGGAGGCGCUUAACGGAGCGGCGAGCGAGGACGUGCAGUUCGAUGAGGGAGGAGAAGCCGCUCAGGACGAGGGGCAGAACGGAGCGGGGGAUGGAAGACAGAUCGAAGCCAGCAAGGGAGAGGAGGACGCCGGUAAAAUGUUUGUUGGCGGUCUCAGCUGGGACACGAGUAAAACGGAUCUUAAGGACUACUUCUCAAAGUUUGGUGAGGUCAUGGACUGUACCAUCAAAAUGGACUCUAACACGGGCAGGUCACGUGGUUUCGGGUUCAUCCUCUUUAAAGAGGCAGCAAGUGUGGAAAAGGUGUUGCAGCAAAAGGAACACAGAUUAGAUGGAAGACAGAUUGAUCCUAAAAAAGCAAUGGCGAUGAAGAAGGACCCUGUUAAAAAAAUAUUUGUUGGUGGACUCAACCCAGAGACCACAGAAGAAAAAAUCCGGGAAUAUUUUGGUGCAUUUGGCGAGAUUGAAUCUAUCGAACUUCCCACGGAUCCAAAAACAAGCAAACGGAGGGGUUUCGUCUUCAUUACUUAUGCAGAGGAGUCAACAGUAAAGAACAUCCUAGAAAAGAAAUACCAUACUGUCAAUGGGAGCAAGUGUGAAAUUAAAGUUGCCCAGCCUAAGGAGGUUUACCAGCAACAGCAGCAGUAUGGUGGACGUGGAGGCGGCUACGGGGGUCGUGGCAGGGGUCGUGGCGGCCAACAACAAAAUUGGAACCAGGGAUACAGCAACUACUGGAACCAGGGCUACGGCAAUCAGGGCUACGGCUAUGGCGGACAACAAGGCUAUGGCAACUACGGGGGUUAUGGCAACUAUGACUACUCUUCCGGCUACUACGGCUAUGGUGGUGGAUAUGACUACAACCAGGGCAAUACGAGCUAUGGGAAAACUCCAAGACGUGGAGGCCACCAGAGUAGCUACAAGCCAUACUGAUCACGUGUAGUGCAGGCCCUAAGUAUUCUCAAUCCAAGAAUGCAUAACAGCAAGCAGCAGGAGGUCAUACAAGAUGGGACACUUUCCUUUUUGGUAUGAUGGGACUCGUGCUCCAUUUGUACAGGACAGCAGAGAAAUGGGGACGCUGUCUCGUUCCAAACUUUUUAUUUCUUUUAUUUUCUUUGUUCACAUUUCCAAUUGUGGAAGUGUAAUUUUUACUGUACUUUUUGGUACCUUUUUGAAUAUCCUGUAUUGUAUUUUAAAUGUCAACUGAAUUUAGUGUAUAAGGAUUGUGAGCUCCCAGAGCUUUUGAAAUAAAAUGUUUGAGUAAUUAUUUUUAUUUUUCCCUUGUUUUUUUCCAAGAUUAGAUUUUUGUUGCUGCAAUUCACAUGCACGUAUUAAGGAAAAGAACAAGGGGAGUGAUUGGUUUAGAGUUGUGUAGUAAAAUAUAAGCAUCUGUGUAUUUGAGCAUUCGGCAGUUUUGCUUUGUUUUGCAUUUUUAACUUGACAAGCCUUUAGAUCGUAGUAAUUGGUGAAAGUUUAAUGCCUGUCAAAAGGUGGCUUUUCUGCCUUUUAUUGAGCUCUUUCCUACAGUGUAAUUGGCCAAGUUUAGAAAUAAACCUUUUCUUUUAAUAUUUA